AUGAAUAAAACAAAUUCAUUUAUGGCACAAAAUCAUUUACAAACAGAAUUCGAAUUACAAACACCAUGCAUUUCUAACUUUUUAGAUUAUGAUUUGUCUCCAAGUGAAUUACAUAAUCAUCAUCAUCAUCAUCAUCAUCAGAAUAAUAAUUUGUUAGAAGGGGGAGAACAAUGUCAAGAGAUAAAUAAACAAUCUCGACAACACCACCACCCCCAACAACAACAACAACAACAACCACAAUACCAGUCAAAUCAUACUAUACAUCAUCAGCAUCAACAACAACAACAAUACAAUGAUAUUCAUUAUUUCAAUUCUCAUCUAUCUAAUUAUCAACAGAAUCAACAUUUACAUGGAAAUAGUUGUAUAAAUUCAACAUUCAAUACAAAUAUUAAUGAUGUAACAAUGUCAAUAAUGAAAAAAAUUGGUAAUGAUCAGUAUUUUUCAUCUGAAUUACAAACCCCAGUCAAUUCCACUUCUAAUUUAGGUAAACGACAAACAUUUCAUGAUAUUAAAGAAUUAUUAUUCGAUAUUUAUCAUGGGGAAAAUGAUUUAUCUUCUAUGAAUAAAUAUAAAGAUAAUACUAUUUCAACUGUAUCACACUAUUCAAAAUCCUCUUCAUUUUUAUCAUCCACAUUAAAUAACAAUCAUAAUAGAAUAGAUUCAAAUCAAUCUAAUUCAUAUAAUCAUUUCAAUGAUAUACAUCGAAUGAAUUCAUUAUUAAAACAAUAUGAAGAAUUACCUAAUUCUAUAGAGAAUUCAAUGUUACAACAUAAUUGUCCAAUAAAUAAUUGUAGAACAAAUUGUCCCUAUGAAAAUACUCCUUCUGAAUGUUCUACACUUCAAAUGAAUGAUAAAAUCAAUAAUAAUAAUAAUAAUAAUAAUAAUAAUAAUAAUAAUAAUAAUGUAAACAAAAUACAAGAAGGUAAACAAAUCAAUUCAAGGUUAUCAAAAGGAAAGUUGGAAUUAAAAUUUUUACUUAAUCAAGACAAUACCAAUCAAGAUAUUUCAAAAUAUGGUAAAGUAGCUAAAACAAUCAUCACUAAAACUGGUAUACAAAAAUUAUUUGUUAUUCGUGGACGUGUCAUUGAUACACGAAUACAAUUUCAUUAUUAUACAUUAAAAAAUAAUAUAUCAACAACAAUAAUUAAUUACCAUGGUGAUAAUGAUAAUCAUUAUAAUGAAGAAGAUAUUGAUUUAAUGAAAAAUCAUAAAUUUAAAUUAAGAUUUAAACCAUUUACAAUAUUUGGUGGAAUAUGUACACCGGCUAUUGGUUAUAAUGAUCCAAUGCAAAUUCCAAAUAUAUUAUCAAAACAAGAACAAUUAUGUUUUAUACAAGCUGUACAAAAUGAUAAUAAUGUUACAUAUAAACUAAUGAAUGAUGGUUAUUUAGUAAUGGAUAUAGAUUUUAAUAAUUUCUGUGAUAUUUAUCAUUUAGUAUUUCCUUUUCUCAAUUCUAAAUGUCCAAGUACAUGGAAAAAAGAUGUACAUAUUACAGUUACAUUAAUUGAUGAAAAUGAUAAAGAAAUAAGUAGCACUGAAUUCGAAGUUGUCAGUUGUGCCAGUCCUAUACGUGAUGCGCGUCGUUACCAACAACGUCAACGUAUUGCAGAACUGGAAUUCGCAGAGAAGAAUUUGCACAAAACUACUGUUAGUGCUGAUAGUUUAUUUGAAUGGGAUCAUCAGACAAGUCAAUCGGUUUCACAAUCCACAUCAAAACUCAGCAUUUCUGAUAUCAGCCCCAAUUCGUCUGGUUUUGGUAGUCUUUAUUCUCCACUACCAUCGAUCACAUCUGAAGAAGAUCAUUUCAACGAAUUACAACUUUACUUUGCUCGAAAUGAGGCAUCCACUCCAUCGCAACAUAUAUCUCCAUCUGUAACUACAGAUUCUAUUGCCAUUGGCACUACUAACAAUAAUAAUAGUAGUAUAAGUGAUGUGGAUAAUCAAAAGUCCGAUAUUUUAUCACCGUCGACGUCUAAUGAUGAAUUAAUUGACUUGUCUAGUUGGGAUCGGUUGGAGAAAUUGAAACAAAAACGUUUGAUUAAUAAUUCGACCAAUUCACGUACCAUUGAACGAAAUCCACAAAACCUGUUCAAACACUCGACUGAACAAAUGAGCUCUAAGAUAAUAAGUUCAAAAUAUGCAAUGAAACGACAAGUUAAAGAAAUCGAUAAUGGUUCAUGUGAUGAACAGGAGUAUGUGAUAAAAACAAAGAGUCGACGCAUUUAUCGAAUUCUCAGUCUUCUCAACCGAGAAUUAUCAAGACAUUUAUGA